AUGGAUCACGCAAGCAAGCGCAAGGAGCCACCCACCACGACCUCAGACCGACCUGCAAAGCAAGUUCGCAGACCCACCCCGCCAGCGAUGGAGAAUGGGAGCGUGAAUGGGAAGAGCUUGAAGGUGGCCAAUGGAGUCACAACAUCAGCUGCAGACACACCCAAUGGUCUAGAAUCGCCAGGUCCAGAAGAAGAAGAAGGAGAGGAGGAUGAGGCGCMCGUGUCCCAUGCGCUCGCCACCCCAGAUACCGCAGAAUGGCAAGCCACGAUCGAAAAGGUUGUGCGCAAUGUGGUCAGCAUUCACUUUUGCCAGACUUGCUCCUUCGACACGGAUUCCGCCAUCUCCAGCGAGGCUACCGGAUUCGUAGUGGAUGCGGAGAAAGGCUACAUCUUGACCAACAGACAUGUGGUGGGCGCGGGGCCAUUCUGGGGAUAUUGCAUCUUCGACAACCAUGAGGAGUGCGAUGUGUUUCCCGUCUACCGCGAUCCGGUCCACGACUUUGGUAUUCUGCGUUUCGAUCCCAAAGCUAUCAAGUACAUGCCCUUGGCCUCUCUGCAGUUGAGACCUGACCUUGCCAAGGUAGGAUCGGAGAUUAGGGUGGUGGGUAACGAUGCGGGAKAGAAGCUCAGUAUCUUGUCUGGUGUCAUCUCAAGAUUGGACAGGAAUGCGCCAGAGUAUGGCGAGGGAUACAGCGAUUUCAACACAAACUACAUUCAAGCUGCCGCUGCUGCAUCAGGAGGAUCCUCUGGAUCGCCAGUCGUGAACAUCGAUGGCUUCGCGGUGGCACUCCAAGCCGGAGGAAGAGCGGAUGGGGCUGCGACGGAUUACUUCCUACCUUUGGACCGUCCAUUGCGCGCCCUGAAUUGCAUAAGAGAAGGAAAGCAUGUGGCGCGAGGAACAAUACAGACACAAUGGAUGAUCAAACCAUUCGACGAAUGCCGGAGGCUGGGUUUGACUGCGAACUGGGAGGGCGAGGUUCGCAAGAAGUUCCCCAAAGAGACUGGCAUGCUUGCUGCGGAAGUUGUUCUUCCCAAAGGACCGGGCCACGAGAAGCUGGAAGAAGGUGACGUUCUGCUAAAAGUGAACGAUGAGCUGCUCACGCAAUUCGUGCGCCUGGAUGACAUUUUGGACAGCAGCGUCGGUGGUACGGUCAAGCUUCUCAUACAGCGUAACGGUGAAGACUUGGAAGUGGAGUUGGACGUCGGCGACCUGCAUGCGAUCACACCAGACCGAUUUGUGUCUGUUGCGGGUGCGGCGUUCCACAACCUGUCCUACCAGCAAGCACGCCUGUAUGCGAUCUCUCUGAAGAAUCCAGGAGUCUAUUGUUGCGAGGCGUCCGGCUCAUUUCGCUUUGAUGGAUCGGAGAACGGCUGGCUGGUUCUUACUGUGGACCAGAAACCCACACCGAACUUGGACGCAUUCAUUGAAGUCAUGAAGGGCAUUCCUGAUCGCAGCAGAGUGGUCGUGACAUACAAGCACUUGAGAGACAUGCACACGUUGAACACCUCUAUCAUGCUUGUAGACCGCCAUUGGCACAAGCACAUGCGAAUGGCCGUCAGGAACGAUGUGACUGGACUGUGGGACUUUUCCGACCUCAGUGAUCCCCUGCCACCAGUACCUUCUGCACCGAAGAAGGCCAACUUUAUCCAGAUGGAAGGCUCGCAAUAUCAGGAGGCCGUGUCUGUCAUACAGAGCUUCGUCAGGGUAUCAACCAGCCUUCCCGUAAAGAUUGACGGCUUCCCAAAAGCCCGCAAGAUUGGUUUCGGUCUGGUGAUCGAUGCCGAAAAGGGACUUGUGGUGGUCUCCCGAGCGAUUGUGCCCUAUGACAUGUGUGACAUCUCCAUCACCAUUGCGGAUUCGAUCAUUGUAGAUGGCAAAAUCGUGUUCCUGCACCCACUGCAAAACUACGCCAUCAUCCAGUAUGAUCCCAAGCUGGUGCUGGCUCCCGUCAAAAGCGCGAAGCUAGCAACAAAGCCAAUCAAGCAGGGCGAACAGACCGUCUUUUUCGGCUUCAACCAAAAUCUUCGUCCGGUUGUCGCAAAAACGUCAGUGACGGACAUCACCACUGUCGCUAUCCCUGCAAGUGCCUCUACUCCACGUUAUCGUGCCGUAAAUCUGGACGCCAUCACUGUCGACACAUCACUAAGUAGCCAGUGCAACAGUGGUGUUCUCGUUGCUGAGGAUGGUACUGUGCAGGCGCUGUGGCUCACGUAUCUGGGAGAGCGCAAUGGUCACAGCAACAAAGAUGUUGAGUACCAUCUUGGCUUUGCAACUCCGGCGCUGCUCCCGGUGAUUGAGGAAAUCAAGAGCGGACGCAAGCCCAAUCUCCGCAUCUUGAACCUCGAGACCCAGACCAUGCAAAUGUCUCAAGCCCGCAUCAUGGGUGUGACCGAAGACUGGAUCUCGCGCGUCGAGCGUGAAGACCCGGAACGUCACCAGCUUUUCAUGGUCCGCAAAGUCGAUGCUUCCAGUGAGGGAGAAGUCGCAGGCGAAGACGGGACGGUGAAGGCUACCAGCACAGCAUUCCAGGAAGGUGAUAUUGUGCUCACUUUGAAUGAGAAACUUAUCACCCGCGUCUCCGACAUGGAUGUCAUGUACACAAAUCCCAGCCUCCGCGCCGUCGUGGUGCGGAAACAGCAGCAGAUCGAGCUCAACGUUCCGACGGUUGCCACAGAAGAACUGGAAACCGAUCAUAUCCUCAGCUUCUGCGGUGCUAUUCUACAUCGUCCUCAUCAUGCUGUCCGCCAGCAAAUCAGCAAAGUCCAUAGUGAUAUCUACGUGUCGGCUAGAUUCCGCGGUAGUCCAGCUUAUGCCUAUKGGCUCGCACCUACGAACUUCAUCAUGGCGGUCAAUGGCCGACCGGUCAAGACCUUGCAGGAUAUGCUGAGGGAAGUGGAGAGUAUUCCUAACAACACCUACUUCCGACUCAAGGUCAUGACGUUUGACAACGUGCCGUGGGUCGCGACCAUGAAAAAGAACGAGCACUAUUUCCCUACGGUGGAGUUCAUCAAGGAUGCCGGGGAGAGAGAGGGCUGGCGGAAAGUGUUGUAUGAAGGAGGAAAGAAGAAGGAGGGAGAGGCCGACCUGGGCGCAGAGACGGUGGCGGAUGAAGGUGGCGCUAUGGAAGACGUUGACAUUGAGCCAUGA